AUGUUCUACUUCCAGCUGGUGAUUAUGGCCGGGACGGUGCUGCUGGCGUACUACUUUGAGUACACGGAUACCUUCCCCGUCCACGUGCAGGGCUUCUUCUGCUUCGACAAGACCUUCUCCAAGCCCUACCCGGGGCCCGAGGACGACAGCAAGGCACGCCCCGUGCUGGUCUACGCACUGGUCACCGCCAUCCCCACCGUUCUGAUCCUGAUUGGAGAGUUGACACGCUUCUUCAGCAAGUCUGCAGCCUCACAAGAGAGGACCAUCGUGAGCGGAGACUGCUGCUUCUUCAGCCCUCUGCUGCGACGCAUCGUUCGCUUCCUGGGCGUUUACUCCUUUGGCCUCUUCACCACCACCAUCUUUGCCAACGCCGGCCAGGUGGUGACAGGAAACCAGACGCCCCACUUCCUAUCGGCGUGUCGGCCCAACUACACAGCGCUGGGCUGCCAGUCGCCCGUGCAGUACAUCACGGAGAAGCGGGCCUGCACGGGGAACCCCUACCUGAUCGCCAACGCACGGAGGUCUUUUCCCUCCAAGGACGCCGCCCUCAGCAUGUACUCCGCCAUCUACACUGUGAUGUAUGUGACGAGUGCGUUCCCCACCAAAGGCACGCGGCUGACCAAGCCCACGAUAUGCCUGACGGUGCUCUCCCUGGCGGUGCUGGUGGGGGUGGUGCGGGUGUCGGAGUACCGUAACCACUGGUCAGACGUGCUGGCCGGGUACCUCACUGGAGGAUCCAUCGCAGCAUUCCUGGUGACAUGCGUGAUCAACAACUUCGCGCAGACCCAGCCGCCCGCCGUGGUGCCCCUGCCCCUCCGGCCGCUGCCCCCCCAGGCCACGCUCAGCGUGCCCACCGUAACCCUGCCCCGCGUGGAGAGCCCACUGCAAAAGCUCGACGAGGUCCCUAUACUGAGAUCACAUGACCAUCAGCCUUCUCUCGUCCCCGGCCCUCCCGACGUCCCUCGCUCGCGUCGCUACAUCUCCAGCACAGUCUAGACCUGCCUAUCUCCUCCUCCUCGUCAUCGGAUCGAGCCCCUCUCUGCGCCGCACACCCCCGCGGCCGCAACCGAC